AUGUCCAGACGCAAGCAAGCUAAACCUCAGCACCUCAAGUCUGACGAGGAGCCCGCGCUGACAGGAGUGAUCUCCGAACACGGUCGAGGUGAGGUGGUGGAGGACGCAGACAGCGGCAAUGAGAGUCGCAGCGGCAGCGAGGAGACGCAUGUGUGUGAGAAGUGCUGUGCUGAGUUCUUCAAAUGGGCUGACUUCUGUGAACAUUUAAACAGCUGUACGAAGAACCCACUGGUGCUCAUAGUGAAUGAGAAUGAAGACACCCCUAACCCCUCCCUGGAGUACCCUGGGGAAACCUCCCCUGUCCCCAGUUGUUCCAGUGAGCAGGACGACAGCGAGGACCCCAGGGAGGGGAACCACAGCCCUGUGGGCGAGAGGGAGGACAUGCCCGACACUGAGGCCUUAGAGGGGGUCAAUAUCCUGGACAAGGAGGACGAACAGAUGGAGCUGGACUUGUGCCCUGAAAAGGGCCUGGAUUCAGAGGAGGGAGACAUGACUUCCCCUGAGCCCGAUACCCCUCUACCUCCACUUGGCGAUCUUUCCUCCAGCCUCGCUGCGUACACGAUGCCCAGCACCAACGUCACUCUGGAGACGCUGCAGGGCACACGCGUGGCUGUGGCACAGUUUUCACAGAGUGUGAGAGCUGCAGGCACUGGUGUCUCCACUAUGGCCAUCCCCAUGAUCCUGGACCAGCUGAUGGCCCUGCAGCAGCAGCAGAUUCACCAGCUCCAGCUGAUCGAACAGAUCCGCAGUCAGGUGGCUCUGAUGAACAGACAGUCUGCAUCACAGCCACAGCUCAACCACCUCAACACAUCUGCAAGUCAGGCCUCCGUCUCCUGCAUUCCUCCCCUCCCCAGUCAGCUGCAGCUACACAGCUUCAUCACUCCCCCUGUCCAUCAGCUGCCUGUUAGGUUGCCAGCCACACUUAAUGGCCAAGGGCCAUCACCUCUGACCUCUACAAUGGAGGGGGCUCUUUCCCAAACACCACAAAGUGGUGGUCAGAUGUCUAACAACUCUUCAAUACUCAACACUUCCUCUAACAGUCCCGUGUUUCCUCCUCCGGCUGGCCUGUCGUCUCUACUGCCCUCCUGCUCGUCCACAGUCACAAACAUUAGCAGCAGUAGUAUAACAGCCAGCAGCCUCAGUAACAGUGUGUCUCUACCCAGGAACUCCAGCACUCCUCCAUCACUCAGCCACAGCAGCCUCCUGAGUUCUGCCUCUAACAUGCCACUGAUACCUCACAGUUCUUCCAGCAGUGUUAUCUUCCCUAACCCACUUGCGAGCAUCGCAGCCACAGCCAAUGCUCUGGAUCCUCUCUCUGCACUGAUGAAGCACCGCAAAGGGAAGCCCCCAAAUGUGUCUGUAUUUGACACUAAGCCCAGCUCUGACGACCCCUUUUUCAAGCAUAAGUGUCGUUUCUGCGCCAAGGUGUUUGGCAGUGACAGUGCUUUACAGAUCCACCUGCGUUCCCACACUGGAGAGCGGCCCUUCAAAUGCAACAUAUGUGGAAAUCGUUUCUCCACCAAGGGUAAUCUCAAAGUGCAUUUCCAGAGACACAAAGAGAAAUACCCACACAUUCAAAUGAACCCCUAUCCUGUGCCAGAAUAUCUGGACAAUGUGCCCACUAGUUCAGGCAUACCAUAUGGCAUGUCUUUGCCCCCGGAAAAGCCUGUCACCACAUGGUUAGACAGCAAGCCUGUCCUUCCCACUGUGUCCACAUCUGUAGGGCUGCAGUUGCCUCCCACUAUGCCCAGUAUGAUGGGGGGCUUUGGCGAUUCUCCAAGUCUUACUCCACUCAACAGGUCUCCACAGAGAGCCUCUCCACCCUCCAGUGAGUGUGCAUCCCUUUCUCCUAACAUUAUUAAUGACACUUGUAUGACCACUACUUCACCGUCCCCAAAACUCAACUUUGGGAGUGAUGCCCCACACCUAAGAGCCGAUGGCAUUUUACUGCCUCCAAGCUGCCCCACUCGUCCAGUAGACAACACCACCACUACAUCAACGGUCACUCAAGUGCUUCUGUCAACCGCUGUAACGUCCACCACAUCCACCAGUGGGGGCCAGGGCCCUGAGCCCAUUGGCAGUCCAAACUCUGCCUCAAACGCAGUUACCCACCCUGUUCUCCCUAUGCUGUCUGACCAGUUCAAGGCCAAGUUUCCUUUUGGAGGCCUUUUAGAUUCUAUGCAAACCUCGGAAACAUCCAAAUUGCAGCAGCUUGUUGAGAAUAUAGACAAGAAGAUGACAGACCCAAACCAGUGUGUUAUCUGUCACCGUGUGCUGAGCUGUCAGAGCGCUCUGAAGAUGCAUUACAGAAUUCAUACAGGAGAGAGGCCCUUCAAAUGCAAGAUAUGUGGAAGGGCAUUUACCACCAAGGGUAAUCUGAAAACCCACUUUGGAGUGCAUAGAUCUAAACCGCCACUCCGAGUCCAGCACUCCUGUCCCAUAUGUCAGAAAAAGUUCACCAAUGCUGUGGUGUUACAGCAGCACAUCAGGAUGCACAUGGGGGGGCAGAUCCCAAACACCCCUGUUUCAGAAAACAUUCAAGACAUGGACACUGACAUGUAUGACGAAAAGAGCUUAGAUGCAAUGAGUACUUAUGAUGAUGACCUUCUGGACGAAAUGGAAGCAGCAAUUGACAAUGAACCUGACUUAAAAGAUGUAGAUGUAGUUGAUGUAUCAAAACCGUAUUCCCCUGGAAUUUCCCCCCCUCCAUCUAUUAACUCCAGUAUUGCUGCCAUGGAGAACCAGAUGAAGAUGAUUGACUCCAUUGCCAACAUGACCCACACAACUGGUCUGAAGCCAACCCUGAAUGGCAGCAACAGCUUUGGAGUGGAGAAUGAUUGCUUUGCCACUGAUUCUCUGUCUGCAGUGGGAGACGCAGAAGGUCAGAGCCUGGGGAGCCCGGCUUUGUCAGACUCCUCUGGCUCCAUGCAGCACUUGUCCCCCGCGCACAGCCACUCGGAGAGCCAGCGGUCCAAGUCCCCAAUUAUAAUGAACAAUAAUAACAAUGGCAACAUCAUGACAGCAGAGGAGGGUCCGGAGCACUAUACAGGCAGCUUGGCAACAGUAAAGUCAGAAAAAUCUGAGACGCCAUCUCCGCUCGCUGCUACGGAAGGCAUUGGGGCCCUUGACCUCACUGCCACUCAACCUGGCAGGCACUUUAUCAAGGAGGAGAGCCACUUCAACAUGCUGUUCCUGAAUAGAGACAGAGGUUUGAACACCCCCAGUUUGGCCAGCACCGCCUCCAACAUGAUCAAAAUGGAGAUGAAUGGCCACGGGAAGUCUCUGAGUGAGGGCUCCCACCUGGCCGUGGGGCUGCAAGGCCACGCCGCUCCCCCACAGAGCUCCAGCCUGAGCUCCAGCCUCACCCCCAUGCUCGCCCCCCCUCCCCCCAGACGCACACCCAAGCAGCACAACUGCCAUUCCUGCGGGAAGAACUUCUCCUCCGCCAGUGCCCUGCAGAUCCACGAGCGCACGCACACCGGAGAGAAGCCCUUUGCCUGCUCCAUCUGUGGACGCGCCUUCACCACAAAAGGAAACCUCAAGGUCCACAUGGGCACGCACAUGUGGAACAACGCUCCAGCGCGCAGAGGUCGGCGUCUCUCUGUGGAAAACCCCAUGGCGCUGUUGGGCGGUGAUGCCAUGAAGUUCAGUGAGAUCUUUCAGAAAGACUUAGCGGCUCGAGCCAUGAACGUGGACCCGGGCUUCUGGAACCAGUACGCGGCCGCCAUCACCAACGGCCUGGCCAUGAAGAACAAUGAGAUCUCUGUGAUCCAGAACGGAGGCAUCACCCAGCUGCCCGUGAGCCUCGGAGGCUCCGGGAUGGGCUCUUUGGGGCCGAUGCACGCAGGCAGCAGCCCCCCCAUGACCGCUAUGGACAAGACCACUCUGGAGGUCGGGGCAAGUCGACCCUUCUCCAGGUUUAUGGAGGAGAGCAAGGAAAUUGGGAUCAAUUGA